CAGGAACACCAGUUCUCCGAUCUGCCCGCUUGACUGGUUCAUGCGAUGACGUCGAUUUUACCCACCUCCACCCCCCAUCUCCUUCAAAACCCCUUUGACAUGCGCCAACUCCCCCAUCUUUCCUGUCUACAAUGUACUGCAUGCAUGGUCUUCUCAUGACCCCCCCAUUUUCAGCAUGUCUCUCCACGAUCCCACCAACAAUGCCCAACAGGUCUCCUAUAGCACCAAGAACAGCCGCGAGGGCAUUCUAGGCGCCGAACGCACGACUACUACUGCUCACGUAUCUGGUCCAACUGAUAGCCAUAUUCUGUCCAAAGUCGAUCAGGAUGAGAAGGGGCUCGCGCAGAGGGCUGGUGACACUGAUAACGUCACGGACGUGGGAUGGGACAAACCGCCGGAGCAGAUUCACGAGCGCAUUGUCUCAGGCUUGUCGAAUGAAGACCUGUGGAUGCUAAUACGCCGAUUUAAUAAGCAAAUUUACUAUGUCAAAGCUAUGCCGGAGGCUCCCCUUCAAAGGCUAGACAUGAACCGCGCGGAAGACGAGCAGUUUUCACCGGACAAACUGCGAGCAACCCUCGAGCGAUUCUAUACCACUAUUGUUGUGUCCUUGACUGCAUUUGUAAAGCAUAUUGCCAGACUACGUUCGUGGCGGGAGCGCGAUCGGACAGCCGGGUUCUGCCUUGUUUAUUUCGCUGCAUGGAUCCUUGACCUACUCGCGCCCACAUUCUUCGCUUUUCUUUUGGUUCUGGUCGUUAGUCCUCAAUCCCGGCAAUUCUUGUUCCCUCCUGCGCCUAUUCCGCUGGUAAGCACGGAUACCGGGGGCAUACAGAAGCCCAAAGCAGGGGUUCUGGGUUCACAUGACAGUAUCACGGGGGCUCCGGAGAAGAUGAAGGGUGAGGCGGCUGAGAGAGAGGCUUCAAAUCUCAUCACCAGCGUCGCCAGUGUCGCCGUGGGCAGUGUGGCAGGGAAGCACGAUCAGGGGACUCCCGAAGAUGCACCUAUCGAGUCUUCUGUGCCAGAUGCCAUGGAAAUUGCUACCAGUGCAGCGGACGCACAGACAGCCGCCCACGGAGAGAGAACGGAUGAGUCCCACGAUAAGACCAAAGAGCCAAUGAGGGAUUCAGUGUACAACGGUGCGAACCUAGCCAUGCGCAUCCUUGCGGACAUCAUCGACACCUGGGAACGAUUUGGUAAUGCUCUGUCUCCCACACCCCCGUUCUCCAUGAUUACCCCAUACCUCCGUCUGGCGAGCGUGCUCUCAGUAGGCUUUCUCACAUCUCUCGUGGUUUCUGCCCACAUGUUCGUCAAGAUGAGCACCUUUGGCGUGGGUUUUGCUUUCUUCGGUGACCCCAUCAUCAGACGCGGAGUGGCGUACUUGAACCGUGAAUACCCUCGCUGGGAGAAACUCCUCGAGCUCCAGAACUCCCUGCUCAAGGGUAUUCCCACCAACGCCCAACUUACCCUAACUCUCCUCCGCAUUGGCGAAGCCAACGGCGCUCCUCUUCCCCCUCCUCCAUCCCAUUCGCUUCACCACACCCCAUCCCAACCUGCCCCCGUCCGCAACGAGGAUAUCAACCUGGACGCAACGGACGAAGAGAUCAACGCAGCCAUCGCCCCGACCCCGCAAUCACUCGACACAAAUGACACGCACGACCAACACGACAUCCACCCGCACCCGCCAAAGAAGGGAUUCGCAAGCCGUAUGCUGGGCUUCUUCCGCGGGACAACCGCGACAGGUAUUGAGAGCAAGCUGGCAGUCGACCGGGCCAAAGCCGCCGUCGGCUCCAAGCGGGCCAAGGGCCGUGUCGGCGUUCUUCGCAAGAAGGGCCAGAUCACCCUGCCCUCGGGCCCCGUGCAAUUCGACGGCCGCUACCGUGGCAAGCGCGGGGUGUUGGUCAUCGAUCAGUCCCAAUCCCCGCCGCUGCUGUACUUCACUACCGACCAGUCGGUGCAGGUUAACGACCCCACGCUAGAGCGCCGCUCGAAGAGCUCCGUGCUCUUUUCCAUGCCCGUCUCCGACAUCCGCGAGAUGCGCAAGGUCGGCGGCUUGGGCUGGAAGGGCAAACUGGUGACGGGCUGGGCGGUGGGCAGUAAGGAGGUGGUGGACGGGCUGAACCUGGUUGGCAAGCUGCCGACUCAAAACUACCAGCUCACAGCCAUGAAGACGCGUGAUCAGCUCUUCAACCGGCUCGUGGCUAUUGAUGGACAGGUCUGGGCGAGCUACUAGCCCCUCUCCCUCUACGUCUGGGCGUAUCAAGUGCUAAGGUGUUUCUCUCUCUUUCCAGAUUUGGAAAUAAGUAUUUCCCCCGGUAUCCUGCCCUUCCCUUCCGUUUCGCAGACGAGUAGAUGGAGAAAUCGCCAGGGAUAAUUUUCGGGCGGGUUAUAAUCGAGCAAAUUU